CAAAGCGUCACUGCACAUGCGCAUUUGUUUAUCAUAACUUAUGUUGUAGAACAAGGAAACAGACGAUUUAAGAAAGGGCAUAGCAAGCUAAAAAGCAUCAAUCAUCAGUCAUGUUUAGCUUUCAUAAACCAAAAAUAUACCGGAGUAACAAUGGGUGCUGUAUUUGUCGUGCCAAAUCUUCCAGUUCACGAUUCACAGACAGUUCAAAGUAUGAACAAGAGUUUGAAAAAUGCUUUCAAAUACGAGAAAAGCGUUGCGGAGAAAUAUGCAAUGCCUGUGUGUUACUGGUCAAAAGAUGGAAAAAACUUCCUGAUGGAACAAAUAGACACUGGAAUCAUGUGGUAGAUGCGAGAGCUGGACCAGGGACAAAAUCUACACUGAAAAUGAAAAACAAGUUGAGUCCAACCAUGCAGAAGUACAAGUCUCCAUUAAAGAGCAAACAGCGAUCAAGUACAGGACCCUCAUCCCUGCCAUCACAGACUUUCUCCAUUCCGAGCCCCUUGCCAGAUGAGUUGUCAGGUUACGACGACAGUUUAGACAAGUCUGACAUGUUCAGUCAAGCUUCGGACGAGAGUGAAGAGUCAGACUUGGAGCCGAGCACGACACAUAACACACGUCCAGAGACGCAUUACCAAAUCAGUCCCUUUCUUGAUCUCACUUACUGGAAGAUGACUCAGGUUUGCUGUGGCAUGAUAUUCAAAGGCAUGAACGGCGAAGUUUUGCUCGACCCCACACUCCUGAAACCAUGUUGGUCCUGCAAGAAAACCAAGUCGGACUCUAAAAGUAAAAGACCACGCUUGCUUAAAACCGAUCUGUCUAGGAGCACAUCAAUGGAGGAUACCGACAGCAACUCUAGUGCACCGAGCUUCAACGGGAAAGACUUUUAUGAGAUUGACACUCCAGACCCAGAAACCCCACCUGACAGUCCAGCAGAAAGUUUGAAGGAAGACUCUGACCCAGAACACAUGACACUCAUUGAUUCUCCCAAUUUGAAGUUUGUGUCCGAUCACAGUAUAUCUCUGGAAUUUUAACGUUUGAUGAAUAUUAGGGGUCAAACUCACACAUGUCAGUCAUCAUAUGUGAUCUUCCUUCAUUCAUGCCAAUUUCAAUGAAGAUUGAUGGUGCAAUUAGAGAACUCGGUGUUAUUCUCCAGUUUGAUCAUAAUGACAUACUUAGAUAUAAAGUAAUUCCCAUGUCCAUAUCAUCUUUUAUACUUUUCUUUUGUUGAUCUUUCCAUAUUUUAAUCCAGCUUUGUAGCGAAAUAUUUAAUCAUUUUAUUUUUUCAUGAAAACAAACACAUGCUUAUCUUGUUUUUUUAUGGGUCAUCUUUGCUAAUGAGUAUUUUUUUAUGGGUCAUCUUUGCUAAUGAGUAUUUUUUUAGUGGAUAUAUAGAUUCAGAACUGCCAAAAUGGUUUGUUUUUACACUCUCAAUUUACUUUAUCAUACUUUCCCACUUUCUAUUUAUUUCAUUGUUAUAUCAGGUUUAAAAAUCUACAAAUAAGAAAAUCAUAAUAACGUUUAACGUAGCCCUAUAUUGGGGUUUUACUGUUAGUAAUUAAAUCUUUAAGAUUUAUUGUAAGAUGCUCAAAACAUUUUCUUUUAAAGAUAAUUAUUCAACCUUGUAGAUUGUUGAUGACCUCUCAUUGACAUUAAUUAAACUGGGUAAGGAUUGAAAACAAAAUGAUCCUUUGUUUUUAUUUUUGAUUAUGUUCCUUUUUUUAUACUUUCUAUAUUGUUCCAGGUUUUAUCUCUCAUUUAGUUGAUCUCAGGGUGUGCAUUGUACAUCACAUGGCUUACGUUUUAAACAUAAAGUGGUAUUCUUGUUGUGGCAGAACUAUAAAAUGUUAUGGAUGAGUAUUUUAUUCAUAUACUUUUUUGCAAAGGGAAAACGUUCUUUUUCCAUACUAAACAAUUUGAAUAAACCAGUUAUAGUUAUACACGCAGAGUAAUUCAAAUAGAACAGAUAUAUAUUGCAAUCAUUUUAGAGUAAUUAGUGCAGUAGUAAUUUUUGUCAUCAUUCUUAUAAAGCUUGAAAUUAAUAAAUGCGAUUACCUGCAGUGUAUUUAUAUGUAGAUAAGUCUUUAAACACUGACUGCAUAGCAUACUGACUCUGAGGAAGGGUGUUCACACAAAAUGCGUUUAACAUAUCAUUUGAACUUAAAAAAGUUGAUUGUGCAUAAAGUCCAGCGUUUUUUAAUAAUAUUACCAAACUUUUACCUUGACAAUGAAAGUUGUCCAUGAAAGAUAAGGAUGUGUUCGAAACAAGGCAUGGAUCGUGUCAAAAUGUGAGUCUGAGCUAUAAGAAUGUCCACAGCAAAUGUGUGUCAUUUUGUAAAUAGUUGUACAUAUGUUAACUUAUUUAUAAGAAUAUUUAUUAUUUAUUUUUAUGUAUGUCUUGUGUUUUUGUCAGGGCUUUUUAUGUCUUCAAUGUAUGAUGUUAGAACUUCA